CCAUUUUACUGGAAGGCAAAGAUAUUAUCUUAAGAUUCCCACCCAGAAUUUGGAAAGCAAGCAGUUUCUAGCAAUCUCAACCUGGUGGUUUAUUAGUCCAGUGGGAACCCCACACCGAAGCAGUGAACGUUGGUUGCCUGAGAAAGCAGCUGAUGAUGGAGAAAUUCUCCACACCCGUGCAGCCUAAACAUGGAGCUAAAGGCCAGAAGGUCAGCAAGCCCCACAACCACCAAGAGAAGGAGAACAGCAAAAGGGUUAGUCAAAAACCAAACCACCACAAACAUGAUCCUCACCACCACCACCCUAACCACGGUCAUCAUCACCACCACCGUCCCAGCCUCCAGCACCAUCAGGACACGCAUUCAUCAGAUGACCAGGAUAGUAACAGCCCCCAAUCUAAAGCAGAGGACAGCAGUGUUCACCCCCAUUACCCCAGGAAUCCCAAUCACCCCCACCAUCAGCACCACAGUGACAAGUCUCACCAAUCUCCCCCUGAUCAUCACCAUCAUCAUCACCAUGACGACCAUACUCCAGAUGUCGGUUCCCACCCCGAGGUGACGGCCACCUCUUCUAGCUCCUCCUCUAGUUCCUCUGUGUCCUCCUCUUCAUCCUCUUCAUCCACAUCCUCCUCGUCCUCCUCUUCCUC